AUGGCCACUGCGAUACCCUCCAUAGCCUGUCUAGGCGUCAUAGGCCGAAAUAACAAUCCACUCCACAUCUCCAUCUUCCCGUCUCACGACCCGGCCACAAAUACCCUCAAGCCCAUUCGCACGCCUCUGCAGUUCUCACUGCUGCUGUCCUCGACGCUCGACAUCUUCGACCUGCGCGCGAAGCACUCGGCCAUCGGCGGUGGUUCCUCGGCCUCAGGCAGCGCCUCGUUGUCGGGCGACUACGGCCUGCUGCACGCCGUGGACGAGCGGCUAGCCGCGUACGGCUACGAGACCAACACGGGGGUCAAGUUCGUCGUGGUGGUGGACAUGCGGGGCCGGCGCAUCGACAGCGCCGCGCUGCCGUCGUCUUCGUCGUCUGCCACAGCCGCCGAGGAUGCUAAGGGUGCUGCCAGCGGUGGUGACGGUGGUGGUGGUGGAGGAGGAGGUGGCAUGAGCGCCGCCGCGAGGAGAGGCGCCGCCGCCGUGGUCGGCCUGCGCGAGGGUGACAUGAAGCCUGUCUUCCGAGCUAUGCAGACGGCGUACGUGCGCCUGCUGCAGAACCCCUUCUACGAGCCCGAUGAGCAUGCCCCGCUCACGGGUCACGGGGGCAAGAGGAUUGUCUCCAGGAAAUUUGGGGCGGACAUGCGGCGCAUCGGGGAGGGGUGGACUGUUGGGGUCACAAGCCUGUGA